GCUUUUAUCUCUUAAAACCCACAGUUUUAAACUUCUGUUGCUUUAGCUCUAUUGUUAGCUCCGGUUAGCUCCACAGCUAAUCUUGGUUAGCGGUUAGCCAUGGCUUCUCUCCCCUCUUCUCACUCUUCUGCUCUAUCUUGCUCGGUGUGUCACAUGUUUAGCUACUCCUCUGCCUCCUUUGACGGUAAUGAUACUUGUACUAAGUGUAGUCUGUUUGCAGUUUUGGAGGCGAGGCUUAGUGAGUUAGAAACGCGGCUCCGCACCAAGGAUAGCCAGCUAGCUCCAGUUAUUAGCCAGGCCCCAGUAACCGGUGCGAGCCGUCCUGCAGCCAGUGUUAGCAUAGCUGCUAAUCCCCCGGUAGCUCUCAAGCAGCUGGGAAACCAGGGAAGGUGGGUGACUGCUGGAAGGAAGCAUAGCCCCAAACAGAAGCCCACGGUUCACCACCAACCACUUCAUGUUUCUAACAGAUUCUCCCCACUCAGCAACACACCUGCUGAGGAACAGACUCUGAUCAUUGGUAGCUCCAUAGUCAGAAACGUGAAAUUAGCGACACUAGGGACCAUAGUCAAAUGUAUUCCUGGGGCCAGAGCGGGCGACAUAGAGUCAACUUUAAAACUGCUGGCUAAGGAUAAACAUAGGUACAGUAAGAUUAUCAUUCAUGCCUGUGGAAAUGACACCCAGUUACGCCAAUCGGAGGUCACUAAAAUUAAUGUUGAGUCGGUGUGUACAUUUGCUAAAACAAUGUCGGACUCCGUAGUUUUCUCUGGGCCCCUGCCUAAUUUGAUCAGUGAUGACAUGUAUAGCCGCAUGUCAUCAUUUAACCGCUGGUUGUCGAGGUGGUGUCCAGAUAAUGAUGUGGGCUUCGUUGAUAAUUGGCAAACUUUUUGGGGAAGACCUGGUCUGAUUAGGAGAGACGGCAUACAUCCCACUUUGGACGGAGCUGCUCUCAUAUCUAGAAAUAUGGCCGAAUUCAUUGACCCAAAUCCAUGACAACCCAGAGUCCAGACCAGGAGACAGAGCUGCAGUCUUACACGCUUCUCUGUGCUUCCACUAGAGCAGUUACCCACCCAAUUACAUAUAGAGACUGUGUCUGUCCCCCGACCUCCUAAACCAAUUAAAACAGCUUUUAAUAGAAGAGCGAUACAUAAAAACCUGACCAAAAUUAAUACCACUCCAGUAAUGGACCAUCAAAAUAAGAGAGUUAAAUGUGGACUCUUAAACACUAGAUCUCUCUCCUCUAAAGGUGUAUUAAUCAAUGAUAUAAUAUCAGAUCAUCAUAUUGACUUAUUCUGUCUUACUGAAACCUGGCUGCGUCAGGAUGAAUAUGUCAGUCUAAAUGAAUCCACUCCUCCCAGUCAUAUCAAUACCCACAUCCCUCGAGACACCGGCCGAGGAGGUGGAGUUGCAGCCAUUUUUAACUCAGACCUAAAAAUCAACCCUAGACCUAAACUUAAUUAUAAAUCAUUUGAAAGUCUUGUUCUCAGCCUUUCUCACCCAGCCUGGAAAACUUUACAGCCUGUCUUAUUUGUUGUAAUCUACCGUCCUCCUGGCCCGUACGCCCAAUUUUUAUCUGACUUCUCAGAGCUUUUAUCAAAUUUAGUCCUUAGCACUGAUAAGAUAAUUAUAGUAGGUGACUUUAACAUUCAUGUGGA